CCCCAACCAAAAAUAAAUCAAUCAAAUAAAAAUAAAACCAAACCCCAUUAUCGUUACCAUCCUCUGCUUCAUCUCCUCCCACCCUUUUUAUUCCUACCAAUCGAGGAAGAUGCAUCGCGCCGUCGCCCUCGUCUUCCUCCUCCUCGCCGCCGCCGUCUCCGCCCAAUCCCCCGCGGCCUCCCCGAAGCCGUCCCACGCGCCGUCCAAAUCGCCCGCCAAGGCGCCCGCCGCCGCCGCCACCCCCGCCCCCGCCAAAGCCCCCGCCGCAGCGGCUCCGGCUAAGCACGCGCCUGCCACGGCCCCUGCCACAGCCCCUGCCACGGCCCCCGCCUCGGCGGAGGCUCCUGCAUCCGAAAAGGCGCCCGCCGCCGCUCCCUCCGACGCCGCCUCCUCCUCGCCUGCGGUGUCUCCUGCUCCCGGGUCCGAGUCGAGCGACAUCCCCAGCGACGGGCCCGCCGCCGACGGACCGGAGCUGGCCAGCCCCCCCAGCCCAACUGAGGGGUUGACGGCCGACGCUCCCGCGGUGUCCCCCGGCCCGGACGCGAGCGACAAGGGCGCGGCGACGAGAGUCGGGGCCGCCUUCGGUGGCGUCGUGGCCGCGGCUUUGGUGGCCGUCGCCGCUUUUUAAAUCCAACGGCGCUUGGCUUGAAAUUGUGAAUCAUUUGGUGAAUCAAAAAUUAAUUUUCCAUCCACGGGAGGGACGCGGCCGCGUUUUCCUUUGUUUGGAUUGAGACAUCUUUUGAUUUGAUCUGUAAUUUGGAUGGGGUCACCUGAUUAAUGAGAUCAUUUUCUUUGCAUGUUUGCCUCUUA